GUUGCUUAUGAAAACAGUCGUGAAUAGUUUAGACUACCUGUGAUGCAAUUAACGGGAUACUAUUCAACAAUACGGUACAUUUCUUCGAUGGAUCAAAGUGAGAGAGACAUUAUUCGCCGCGAUUGCAAGAAAUUUAAUGCAGAUAUUUUUUAGAAAUUCAUAUAAACAUGAUAAAGAUAACGUACACAGCGUGUUGACGCUUGCGGAUGAACGAGUAGUGUAUUUUUAGUGUGUAUAAGAAUAAACUGUUCAUUAUAAUACAAUUAACAUUGGAAAAACUGAAAUGAAUUUUUCCGAGUUGUUCCGUCAAAGUAGUCAAACUUGCAAGUUUUCCCCAGAUGGAAAGUACUUGGCCUCUGUGGUUGAAUUUCGUCUGGUGAUAAGGGAGGUGGAUACACUGCAGAUACAGAACCUGUAUACAUGUUUAGAUACCAUCCAACAAAUAGAGUGGUCCUCAGACUCUCAGUUUAUCUUGUGUGGACUGUUUAAGAGAGGCAUUGUGCAGGUUUGGUCCAUAGAGCAGCCUGAGUGGACCUGUAAGAUAGAUGAGGGUUCUGCUGGACUUUGUGCUGUCCGCUGGAGCCCAGAUGGAAGACACAUACUGACUACAGCUGACUUUAAUCUGAGAAUAACAGUUUGGUCACUGGUGACCAAGUCUGUUUCAUACAUACGCUACCCCAAACAAUGCCAAAAACCAUUGGACUACAGUAAUGGAGGAAAGUACAUGGCCCUAGCUGAGAGGAGAGACUGCAAAGACUUUGUCACUAUUUUUGCUUGUGAUUCUUGGGAACUUGUGAAACAUUUUGAAACCGAGACGGAUGACUUGAUGGGUAUUGAAUGGUCUCCUGAUGGGAGAGUUUUAGCUGUUUGGGAAUCCCCAAUCAAAUACAAGGUGUUACUCUAUACACUGGAUGGAAGGUGUGUUUCUAAGUUCAGUGCCUAUGACAGUGCAUUAGGCAUCAAAUCUUUGGCCUGGUCCCCUACUGGUCAGUUCCUAGCACUGGGAAGCUACGAUGAAAAGCUGAGGAUUUUGAAUCACAUCACUUGGAAAGCAGUAGCAACCCACAGUCACCCUGCCAUUGUAAAGGAAGACGAUGUGGUGGUGUAUAAGGAGAUAGAGACAAGGACACCCCUACCCCCAGGGAAUGACAUUGAUGCCCCAACAGCAGCCCUUUUUACUCCACAGAGUAAAUAUGAGGUUGAUCAACCUCCAGUGGAUAUUCCUGUUGUCAAACCAGACACAAAGCGAGCCAAUCCCAAAGUAGGAGUGGGCAUGCUGGCCUUUAGUUUUGAUUGCAAAUACAUCUACACAAGAAACGACAAUAUGCCAUGUACGUUAUGGAUAUGGGAUGUUCAGAAACUGAAACUGUCUGCUGUCAUUACUCAAGGGACUGCAAUCAAAUAUGUUGAGUGGGACCCUCGUCAGUCCCGCCUAGCCCUGUGUACUGGCACCAAUAGACUGUACAUGUGGUCUCCUGCUGGUAGUCUGUCUGUGGAGGUACCAGUGGAAGGUGUAUUUAAUGUUCAUUCCUUGAAGUGGCAUCCUGAUGGCAAUACUAUUCUGUUGCUUGGCAAGGACCAAAUGUGUGUUUGCUAUCUUUCUGACCUUGGAGCAGAGAACACCUAACCAAGAUAGAUAACUUGUGAAGCUUUUAGACAGUUACAGAAGAAUGGAUAAUAACGAUACAUAUGUGGAGUUAGGAUUGUUACAUGUAGAAGUAGACAUGUCCAUCCUUGAAACAAAAAAGGCAGCAUUAUCUGCAAAUAAUUAGUAUAUUGUGUGCCUUAUUAACAAGAUGAUGUUUAUUAUUAAAGACAUUGUAUUACCUCAAUCAUCAUGUUUAAAAUUUUGACUGCAAAAAUAUACAUAAUCAUAUACAAAUUUAAUCAUUAUAUUAAGGUGGAAUGCUACACCAACAUUUUAUUUUAUGGAUCGUUUCUGAAACAUGAUUUUCUUGUUAAAAGAAAGAUACAUGCUCUCAACUAAGCCGAGCCUAGUAUGAAGUUUAUACUAACCAGGUAUCAUCCCGUACCGGUCACUACAUGAUUUUGUAACGAUUAUAUCUUACCGUCUGCCUUUGUGUACAUGACUUAAAGAUAAACAAUGAAAAUUAAGCGUUUUCUAACAAAGUUACAAGUUUCAGUUUGGGUAAACCUGACAUCAUAAUACUCUAGAAUGAUGUCAUAAUGCUCAAGGGGAGAUGCAUUUCGUACUGACUGUGUAAACUCUGACUUAUGGUAUGAUCUCUAACAUCACGGAAAAGCGUUACACUAUUAUGAAAUCAUAGUAAGUCAAAAGUAAGAUACAGAAAUCAUGAUAUAGUUAGGAAGAGUUAUCUUUCCUUGCACAUUGAAUUUUGUACAAAUAAAUAUAAAAAUCAAAUACCUUUGUUUUAUUUGGGUACAUUUUUUAUACAAUAAUAAAAAACGGUUGUAAUUG